GAACCUCCAUCAUUAACUUCAAUAUGCUCUGUUUCCUAGAUUCAUCUCACACUUUCAACAACAACAAUCGACUCAAACCCCCAACUCGCAAUAAUAAGGUUAAAUCUUCACCACUGGAACAAGGUUUCGUUCGACGAUCUGUGGAAUCUAACAAGAACGACUGCGGCGAAGGGGGUUUGACUGUGCUGAAAAACAUCAUCAAUCCGUCACCGUUUUGGGGUCCAAUCGAAUCAUCAAAGGAAUAUGCUUUAUCCCCAUUCGCCAACUGUGUAAUAAUAAUAAUGAAAAUAAUUCAGUCCAUUUGAUGUUGCUUGUUCGUUCAUUACUUUAUUUAUUAUUUGAAAGUUUCAAUUGCGUUCGUCCACUACUUAAUUUCGUCUGAAUUUAGAUGGUUUUGAUUGUCAAGCUUCGAUCUUUGAUGAAAUUAUAGUUUAGUUGAGGCGGUUUUAUGAUUUUUUAGGUGGGAUUUUAAGUGGGUAUUUAGAAAAACUUGAUCUUUAUUGGUUGUGCUCCCAAUUGGUGAAUUUAGAUGAUUUUGGUAGUCAAGCUUCCAUUUUUUAGUGGAGUUAUAGUUCGGUAGAAGCGGGUUUAUGAUUGUUUAUGUGGGAAAGAUUUGAUCUUGUUUAGUUCUGACUUCUGCCCCCCAAUUGGUGAAUUUAGAUCAUUUUGGUAGUCAAGCUUCCAUCUUUGAUUGGAAUUACAGUUCGGUUGAGGCGGUUUUAUGAUUGUUUUUGUCGGAAAUCAAUUGGGUAUUUCGAAAGAUUUGAUCUUGUUUAGUUCUGUCCCCAAUUGGUGAAUAUAGAAAGUUUUGGCAGUCAAGCUUCCAUCUUCAAUUGGAGUUACAGUUCGGUAGAGGCGGUUUUAUAAUUCUUUGGGUGGGAAAUGAAUUGGGUAUUUUGAAAGAUUUGAUCUUGUUUAGUUGUGCCCUCAAUUGGUUUUGAGUGUUAUCAUAGAAUUGUUUGAAUUGGGGAUGUGAUUUUGGUGAGUUUAGUGAAAGAUGUAUGCUGUAGGGAGGUUAGGUAGCUAUAUUAGUCAAGGGGUUUAUACGGUUUCUGGCCCGUUUCAUCCGUUUGGCGGUGCGGUUGAUAUAGUUGUUGUGCAACAACAAGAUGGUAGUUUGAAAUCGUCUCCGUGGUACGUUAGGUUUGGGAAAUUUCAAGGGGUUUUGAAGGCAAAAGUAAGAGUUGUGGACAUUAAUGUUAAUGGGGUUGAUGCUGGAUUUCAUAUGUAUUUGGAUCCACGCGGAGAGGCAUACUUUCUAAGAGAGGUUGAUUCAGAAGAAGCAGAAGCAGCUUCCUCAUGUUCGUCUAAAAGUGUGAAUUAUGAGUUUGAUCGGUGUAAUUCGGCUCGUGAUGUGAGUAACGGUGCGCUUGUGUCUAGAACCGACUCGAAACGGUCUAGGAUUUUGGGGUUUGUUCUAGGAAAGAGGUCCAUGAAAGAAGAGAAUGGUUCAAAUAUUGGUAGAAAGACGUCACUCGAAACUGCUGAGAUUGCUGCCGAUCUAUUGGAAAUGAAGUGGUCAACGAAUCUUUCAUCAAGAACUGAUAGUGGUGAGAUUAUGGGUGGAAGAUUGGAGGCAAGUUUGGUUUUGCAUGAGGAACACUUUGUAAAUACGUUGGAGGAUUCGCGGGUUGAUCAUGAGGUGCCUCCCAUGGAGGUUGAUGAAACUGUGGUUACCGAUGAUGUUAGUUGUGUAAGUAAAGAUAUUGACGAGAGCUCAAGAACUCAGAUAGAUGAUACUAAAGAACCAGAAGUGGGAUUGAUAACAGGUCAAGGGUCUUUAAAAAUCAUAUCCGAAAGCUAUACCGAAGUUGCAACUGAUCAAGCGGAUGCAUCCAUAGAAGUUUCAUGUCAAAAGAUAGACGAUAAUCUAGAAAAGGAAGUAGACGAAACGAAUGAAAUCAGACCCUUGUUGGAGUCAGAUGGUGACUUUCAAGUAUCUGAACAGUAUGUGGAAGAACAGUUGAUCUUUGGUGAUCUUGAUGAUGCAAAUCCAAGCAUCAAUAAGAUCGAACAUGAAGUCAAACAUGCGGGGAGUGAGUCAACGAGUGUGAUGUACAGUCCAGAUCAACUUACAGUCAGUACCUAUCAAGAACACUCCAAAGAUGAUCUUGAAGGGUUAAUUGGUGAUAUUAGGAAGUGUCCAAGUAAUUUGGAUUUUUCUAGAAGUUGUGAAGUUCCCGAGGCCGAAGAUGGUCGGCACGCAAAAUCCCUUCCCAACAUGUGGUGUCAGUUUGAUGAUCCCGUUCCAGAUAAUCACGAUGAUCCGCAAUCUGACCGUUCUGUUGGCAAAUUGAAAGCGUCAAAAUGGGAUUUGCUCAGGGACGAUGCUUCAAGGAUUAAAAAAGCAAACGUGGGGAAAGAAUUAGCACCAAAUGCAGAUAGUUUGCCAAAUGAUCUUAAAGACGGUAGCAUUGCUAGUGGUGGUCCUCCGGGCAUUGGGGAUGGUGGCAGUGGCAGGUGGAGAAUGUGGCCAUUUAGAAGAUUGGGAAGUAAAAAUGUUUCCGAGAACGGUAAAAAGGAUUCUGAUGUCAGUGCUGUAGCAGAAACUAAUGUUGACACUGUAGCAGAAACUAAUGUUGAAAAAGAACGCUGUUCGCCAAAAUCUAACAAGAAGCAAAUACGGACACUUACUCCGACUCCAGAGCAGCUAGCUUCUUUGAAUCUAGCAGAAGGGCAAAACACAGUAACAUUCACGUUUUCAACAUCGGUGCUAGGGACUCAAAAGGUGGAUGCGAGAAUUUAUUUGUGGAGGUGGGAUACACGUAUUGUGAUCUCAGAUGUUGAUGGAACAAUCACCAAAUCGGAUGUUCUUGGACAAUUCAUGCCUUUGGUUGGUAGAGAUUGGUCACAUAUUGGUGUAACACCUCUCUUUUCGGCAAUUAAGGAAAAUGGAUAUCAAAUGCUUUAUCUAAGUGCUCGGGCAAUUUCUCAGGCAUCUAUUACUAAACAAUUCUUGUUCAACCUUAAGCAGGAUGGGAAGGCAUUGCCUGAUGGGCCUGUAGUUAUUUCUCCUGACGGGCUCUUUCCUUCUCUUUUUCGUGAAGUUAUAAGAAGAGUUCCACAUGAGUUCAAAAUUGCUUGCUUGGAGGAUAUCAAGGUUUGUUUUCCAUCCGAUAGGAAUCCGUUCUAUGCUGGUUUUGGAAAUAGACACACAGAUGAGUUUAGUUACCUAAAAGUCGGCAUACCCAAGGGAAAAAUCUUCAUUAUCAAUUCUAAGGGUGAGGUUGUUAUAAAUCGAAGCAUUGACUCAAGAUCAUAUUCUUCACUCCAUUCGCUUGUCAAUCGCAUUUUCCCCCCAGUAUCUGGGCAUGAAGAGCAGGAGGAUUAUAACUCGUGGAACUUCUGGAAGCUUCCACCUCCGACCAUCGAGUGAUUUAAGAGGCGCCAUGAGAAUGUAAUUACACACUUUUCUUCCCAUAUCCGUAGAACGUAUAUAAACAGAAUUAUUCAAGUAGCAAACAUUGAACGUUGUGAUCAGUGAUCACCGAUCACUUCCAUUCAUUAUAUUUAAAGUGCAUAUGUAUAUCUUCCGGAACUCUUGUUAUUUACACAAUAGCAUGGUAUGAUUCUUAAGACCCAA